GGGGGCGCAGCUGCGGCGCAGCGGCCGACGCCGGGUCCGCGCCCACUGUCUCCCCCUCCCAGCCUUUUCCCUCGGCUUCCCGCUCCUUCCCCCGCCCGCCCAGCGCCGCCCGCUCGGGAGAGCUGCCGGGAGCUCCCCGGGAGCCUCAGGUGGUGAAUACUUGCUCUGGUGGGAAGUAGAAGAGUAAAAUAUGCCUCCCAAGUUCAAGCGCCACCUAAAUGAUGAUGAUGUCACUGGUUCUGUGAAAAGUGAAAGGAGAAAUCUUUUGGAAGAUGAUUCAGAUGAAGAAGAGGACUUUUUUCUAAGGGGACCAUCUGGACCAAGAUUUGGACCUAGAAAUGAUAAAAUUAAGCAUGUUCAGAAUCAGGUGGAUGAAGUUAUUGAUGUCAUGCAAGAAAAUAUUACAAAGGUAAUUGAAAGAGGGGAGAGACUAGAUGAACUACAGGACAAAUCAGAAAGCUUAUCGGAUAAUGCAACUGCUUUUAGCAACAGAUCCAAACAACUUCGAAGGCAAAUGUGGUGGCGUGGAUGCAAAAUAAAAGCCAUCAUGGCUUUGGUUGCUGUUAUCCUUUUGGUAGUGAUUAUCAUUCUUAUAGUUGUGAAAUACCGUUCUUGAUUUGAUGACAGAAAUCUUCAUUAAACAAGAUCUGGGACAAUAAUAAUAAUAAAAGAUUGCUGCAUAAUUUAAAUGAAACCUAUGUAUAUAACUUUCAAAACUUCUUUUUUCAAGAAACUAAGAGGCAAGUAUCACUUCAAAUUGGAGCAUUGAGAAUGUCCAGUUACCUUCUUCCCUUCUAACAAAAUGUGCUUUUAAUAAUUAUGUUUAAGGCAAAGAUAACCAGCCUCUAUUUCGCUGUAUUCCAAGGGUCUAAUUUGAAAUUAGAUACUUGCCAGUUCAUUAUAUUUGUGUAUAUAAACACUGAUGACAAUAUUUCAUACUAGUAUUUUAGUGGCAUAGAGACUUGUGUUAACUGCAUCAAGGUGGGGUCAGGAAGCCUAUAUGGAACUCCAAAUCGUUAUGCUAAAAAAUUGUAUAACCAUUCCAUCAAUAUUUGCAAGAAUAUCAUUCUUUUUCUGUGCAGUUGCUUUGCAAGGAAUUCCCACAUGUUUAUGGGUGUAACAAAAGCUAAAUGUUGUAAAUGUUGCUGCCUUCAGCUAUUAACUAAAAACAUUCCAGUAAAACUAUUUUUGACUGUAUAAGGGAAUGUGUAGUAAUUUGGGGUAUUUUGAUUAUGAAAAUGGGAAAUUUAAUGAAAACCAUACUAUGGCACCAUGAAACCGAGAUAAUAAAAGUAUUGGAGAACAUCAUUGGAGUGUUUGAAAAUAAUCGGUACAUGGGUAUAGCUAUCAGUUAUUGUCCAAUCCGUUCUCUGUUAAACUCCAAUAAGGACCAGCUGUAAUGUGAGUCCAUGAAAUCCACAGGUGACUUUAACUUCUUCAUCUUAUUUGUGUUAAUAGGUUUUCUCUUUAACUUCUUCUGGCCCUUUUACCAGAAGUGCUAAAAUUUACAAAAUCAUCAGCUCUGAAUUUUGUGUCUGCAUUCUGCAGUCAUCCCUGGGGAGAUAUGCGUUGUACAGCGAAGUGUCAAAUCAGGCAUCAGGCAAUGGUGAUGAGUAAUAGAAUCAUGAACCUAGGUAAUCUCUAUACAAGCUAGUCAGUCAGUGACUAAAUGCUAGGGGUCGCCAUUAAUCCCAGCCUAUUUUUAAUAAUAUAUUUCAUAAAACAUGUUAACAUUAAAGUGUGCCAGCCUCCUUGUAUUGUUUAAAUAAAACAAAGUGAAAAUA